AUGUCGCCGGCGCAGGCUCUCCCCGACCACGACCAGCCGGCCGGCCUGCCGGAAUCCCGCGUGCUCAUCAUCGGCACCGGCGGCACGAUAUGCAUGCAGGAAGGCCCCGACGGCCUCGCCCCCAGCGAGGGCUUCCUCGAGAGCGCCAUGGCGCCCCGGCCGACGUUCAACGACCGGUCCGGGCUGGACGUCAAGCUGCCCGCCUACCGUCAGGGCCACCUCAUCUCGGUCGACUCGCUCCGCACGCCGCCGACCGCGCACCAGCGCCACAUCCGCUACGGCAUGCUCGAGUUCAACCCGCUGCUCGACUCGUCGUCCAUCUCGGCCGCCGACUGGGCCGCCAUGGCCGACUGCGUCAAGCAAAACUACCACCUGUUUGACGGCUUCGUCAUCCUCCACGGCACCGACUCGCUGGCCUACACGGCCUCGGCCCUCUCCUUCAUCAUGUCCAACCUGGGCAAGCCCGUCAUCCUGACCGGCUCCCAGGCCCCCAUCUUCGCCCUCCAGUCCGACGCCGUCGACAACCUGCUCGGCUCGCUCAUCAUCGCCGGCACCUUUGUCCUGCCCGAGGUCGGCCUCUUCUUCCACCACAAGCUGUACCGCGGCAACCGCACGACAAAGGUGUCCUCGGCCGCCUUCGAGGCCUUCGCCUCGCCCAACUGCGAGCCCCUGGCCAAGGUCAACGGGCUCGGCAUCACGGUCAACUGGCCCCUGGUGCUGCGCCCGACCAGCAUCGCCGAGUUCGCCGUCCAGCAGCAGCACCUCGACACCAGCCACGUCGCCUGCCUGCGCGUCUUCCCCGGCAUCCGGCCCGAGAUGGUCGACGCCGUGCUCCGCCUGCCCGGCCUGCGCGGCCUCAUCCUCGAGACCUUUGGCAUGGGCAACGUGCCCGGCGGGCCGCGCGGCCGCCUCACCCAGGUCGUCUGCGCCGCCGUCGAGCGCGGCGUCAUCGUCGUCAACGUCUCCCAGUGCGUCAGCGGCUUCGUCUCCCCCGUCUACGCCCCGGGCACCCAGCUCGGCCGCGUCGGCGUCAUCUUCGGCCUCGACCUCACCGCCGAGGCCGCCCUCGCCAAGCUGUCCCACCUCCUCGCCCUGCCCGGCCUCUCCCGCGACCACGUCGCCCGCCAGCUGUCCCGCUCCCUCCGCGGCGAAAUGACCGAGAUUGCCCACCCCACCUUCUCGCACCCCGCCGCCGCCCUCGACGACGCCGAAGCCGCCGCCGCCUCGCGCCUGACCGCCGCCGAGGCCGCCUUCGCCGCCCUCGGCUACGCCAUCCAGAACAACCAGCCGGCCCUCGUCAGGCAGCUCCUCGACCGCCCGGGCAGCCAGCUCCUCAAGACGGCCGACUACGCCGGCAACACGGCCGUCCACCUGGCCGCCGUCAGCGGCAACCGCGACAUCAUGCUGGACCUGCUGCAGCGCGGCGCCAGCGUCCACGAGCGGAACCGCGCCGACAACUCGCCCCUGUUCCUGGCCACCCUGUCCGGGAACGAAGACUGCGCGGGCCUGCUGCGCUCCGCUGGCGCUCACUUGUCCAUCGAGGAGAUUGAGCGAGGGCCCCUGGCCAAAUACCGCCGAGAGCAGCUCGCCUAG